UAUCCCGGCCUAUCCGCGUCCAGACCUCCUGAUGGAAACUCCAAGCACAAUAUUGGCGCUUUGCUAAGGCAGAAGAGAUGCAAGGCUUAUGCAUUUGCGGCACUGCAGGUGAAAGCAGGGGUUUCCUGCAUUGCUUGGAGGUGGAAUUCAAGUGCUCAAACCCUAGAAGUGAAACCCUAAUCAGCACUCAUUCGCAUGAGGAGUUUUUUAACGUUUCUCAUUCGCCCGAGGUAAGAAUGGAUAUUUAGUGCCAGCUUGUGGCACUGUUGCUCUAGAAAGCGGGUUGCCAUCAAACCCCAAGCUGAACGAAGGCUGGUAGGUUGAGGUUCUUUGAUAAUUGGAGACGAUGCUCACUUUGCAUCAAGUAGAGUCAAGGAACGCAAGUUGCCCAGGCGAGUUGCAUACUCGAGGGGCCAGCCAUUACUUCUGAUUAAAGAGCAGGAAGCCAAUGUGCUCUUGGCUAGAACACAAUGGCCGCAGCUGAGGACUACCUGAAGGAGGUUGGGGGGACCGAUGCUUUCUCAGAAUCAGUCUAUGAGUUCCUACAAAAAGAAGGCGACCUGCCGUCCAGCGUGCCGGCCGCCGCUGCCCAAAGGACUUUACGCAGGCGCUCGUCUUUAGGCCAUAACCAUACAGAGGAACCACAGCAAGAGGGAGAAGAAGCAUCAGAGGACAAUGUGAUGUCAGAUGACACAGCCGCAGGAGAUGGGACUGCUGACGGCCCUGUGUCAAGUCCAAAAUUGGAGAGAGUGAGCGCGCCAAUGGGGGCCCUUCUGGGGCUGGCGCAGCAGUUGGAGAACAUGUGGAAGGAGGAGGGGGCCAAGGGCUGGAAUGCCAACGGCGGGGAUAGCUUAUGGGAAGGGGGCGGAGCAGAUGAGUUUAGGGACGUGGGGGUGGAUCUGAAUGCUGGCCCGGGGGAGGCGCUGAGCAGCCGGGAAUCAGCAGAGAGUGGGGCGGGGCAGCAUGAGCGGAGGAAGCCUUUAUCUGAGACCAGCUACCAGCAGAUCUUGGACGAGCUCCGAAACAAGGGCCUGUCUCCGCAACAAGCAGGCCAGCGGAGGCUGGGCCGGAGCAAGAGCGAGCUGGCGUGUGCAAAGAUGUACGAGAUCGCCAUCCAGAAGAUCAAUGCCCGGCAGCAGGAAAAGGAGCGCGAGGCAGAAGAGGCCGCCAGGCUGGCCAAGAAGCGGGGCUUCAAGGCUUACAAGAAGUCGAAGCAGAUUGCGAAAGGCCGGCUUCAGGAUGCCAACCCGUUCGACUACUCGGAGAUGCUGUACAAUGAAGCCAAGCAGAUCGAGAAGCGGAAGCGCGCGCUGCUGGAGGUGCUGGAGGCGGAACGGAACAAGGAGCUGGCGGAAUGCACGUUCGCCCCGAAGGUCAAGCCGUUCGUGCCGCUCUACACGGCGCGGCACGCGGGCGCGCCCGUCGUCGAGCGGAUGCAGAAAAUGGUGGACGAGCAGCGGGCGAGGAUACGAGAGAUGCGGGAAGAAACGGAGAAGGCAAGGGCAAAAGAGCUCACGUUCAAGCCGACCAUCAGCGAGACCGCCAAGCGGGCGGGCAGUGCUGGAGGUUUCCUGAAAAGGACGAGGGACCACAUUUGGAAAAAGCAGGUAGAACAGGAGCGGGCGCAGCAGGAGAUCCAAGCGGAAGCGUCGCUCAAGUCGGUCCCGUCAAUCAACAGCUACUCCAAGGCGUUGGAGCUCGACGAGCCCGUUCACCAAAGGCUCUACAGGUCGGCACGCUUGAAAGAACAGAGGUCCUAUGAGGAGCAAGAAAACCGGUUGCACGAGACCGAGGUUCCGGCCGCAGUCCUGCCGGAAGACGAGAUCCUGCAGGCGACGGAGAAGCUAUUUGGCGACGAGGACGAGAAGCGGCGGCGGCUCGCGGCCGCGACGCGCGCGAACCUAGAAAGGACCCUGUCACUGGCGACGGUCAAGAAGAUUAACCAGACGAGCGUCGAGUAUGCCAAGCGGAAGCUAGAAAAGGAUGUGCGCGCUGCGUUUGCGGAAGUUGACCCCGAGUGCUCGGGGAUCGUAGGCGGGGCGGAGAUCCGGUCGGUGUUCCAGAAGCUGAACGUCUUCCACCCGCCCGGGGCGAGGAAAAACCGGGAACGCGAGAGGAGCGAGCAGAGGAUUCUGGACAGAGCACGGGAGUUGAUGCCAGGGCGGGCGGGCAUUGGGGUGGACACGAAGGCUUUCCUAGGGUUCAUGGAGUUGGUGGUGGAGCAUUCUUUGCAGCAGCAGAGGGCGUCUCUCGACGGCGGGGCCAAGGAGCAAGCCGAGACAGAAAAGCCGUUGAGCCCUCUGGAUAAGCUCGCGCGCGACAUCGCGCGCCGCAGCUUCCACCGCCUCUCCUACACCCAGACCAAAGUCCUGCGCGAGUCCAAGCCCAACUGCCCCCCAACCCGCGCCGCCGAAAUACGAACGUCGUCACGACCGUUACCGUUUACGCCGUCGCUCUCUCGGCCCGCCGACCCUAGUUUUCCCCUCCCGAUCACCGCCCACGUCGACCGAUCGAAAACCACGUUCCGGUGGCAAAGCAAAACGGGGGAGCUGGCGCUGGUUCCGGUUCCGGGGGAAGACGUCCCGCGGAGCCCCACGCGCGCGCAGCAGGAGGCGCACGCGGACGCGAUCCUGAGGAAGGGCGCGCGCGCGCGCGAGCGCGUCGCGGCGCUGAGGACGGAGCUGGAGCUGCGCGAGCGGGAGGCGUGCACGUUCCGGCCGGCGCUCGUGGCGAGCCCGCGGAAGGUGCGCGCGGCGCGGAACCGGCGGACGAGCGUACGGAAGGAGCCGCCCCCGCCGACCGCGGUCACCAAAGAGCUGCGGGAGAUGGGCGAAUGUACCUUCCGCCCAAAGACACUGCCAAAGGCCCCCAGGAACCCAGCGGCGAAAGCCCCCGCGCUGUUUGACCGGUGCAUCGAGCGCAUGCGCCGGGGCCACGCGCGGCGGCACCAGCUGCGGCACUGGCAGGACACCAGGAUUCCGGAGGACUUGGCGGACGAGACGCGGGUGUACAAGCGGAAGGAGACGCGGACGGAACCGGAGCCGUUCCAGUUCGUUCCGGGACGGAAGCGGGCGCCAAUUGUGUACAUAGAAGUCAUCCUCAGCAAGUCAAGGGUUGCCCGGAUUGGCAUCGAGCGCGGCGACAAGCCCGAGAAGAUCGCCGCCAACUUCGCCAAGAUAUACGACCUCGACGACCAGGCACGUGCCCACCUCGCCACCGUCAUCCGCAAGUCCGUCGAGGACAUCAAGACGCAACGAGAACAGUCGGAGAAGGCCCUCCAAGAGAACCUGCGGAACGCCGAGCUCGCGCUGGCCCGUCGCUUGUCCGGGCUCAUGCGGACGUCAGACGGAGGGUCCGCUGACGUCAGCGGAGUGGAGGAGAAUCCAGGAGCUGGAGUCCGGACGGGUCGGCCGUCUGCGGAGCGGCUGAGCAGGGACGGAGGGACGCAGGUUGUAGUCGGGUCGGUUGAAAAUGGGACACGUGGCGGAGAGGGGGAGGCUGGGAUUGAGGUUGGGACGGGAGUAGAAAUUGAUGGGGUCGUAGUGACAGAAGUUGAAGAUCUAGACGAGAUGGGAGAAGUAGAUGCAGAUUUCGCGGCAGAGGAGACGGAUGGGGUGAGUUCGGAGAUAGAGGACCAUGAGUGAGCAACGAGGCACUUCUGCCUCAUUGGAAAGGCACCUAGGUAUGGCUUAUUUACAAGUUUCCUAAGGAAUACCAGGAUUCCCCUUUGUGGGAGAGCAUAUCGUAGCAGGUUGGCCUUACAGCACGGAAGCGCUUUGUCUAGUAGCCGACUGGCCGCUCCUCAUCUAGAUCGAAUUUGCUGUAUCAACCAGCUAUUGUGACGCGGUUGAUGACAAACCAAGAGCGACGGUACGAGCCCGAUCAUCAGCGGAAGGAUCACUGAAUGAGGCGACUUGAAAGCAAGAACCAGCGCCAGCUUUCCAAACAGCCCAGCCCGGCAGAGAGAUU